CCUGACAAUAACUGAAGAUAAGGAGGACGCACUGAAGAGGGGCCAGUUCUUCCUCAACAGCCGAUUGGGAGGGCUUAUGUAGGGGGAAGGGGUCAUCUGGAGGUGGGUUAAAGGUCAUCUGGAGGUAUAUCACCCAGUGGUAGGAUGGCGGGGGUGAAUGGAGACCGUAAAGGGAAGAAAGAUGACAAUGGGAUUGGCACAGCCAUUGACUUUGUGCUUUCCAAUGCCAAGCUUGUGCUGGGAGUGGGAGGAGCAGCCAUGCUCGGCAUUGCAACACUUGCCGUCAAAAGAAUGUACGACCGCGCCAUUAGUACUCCCAACAGCCCCACCAAUAUGGAGCAGACGGGGAAGAGGAGCUGGGAGGAGCCCGCCUGGAUGGGUUCGUCCCCACGGGUACUGAACCAUGACAUGAAGUCCACAGUUAGCAGGUCUCUGCAGUCUCUGCCCACUUCCACACAUGCUUUCGAACCAGACUGUCUGCGGAGGGCUGUGGGUCGAUCUGCUUUGGGAGGCAGCGGUUCCACCCAGUCGGACCUGCAGCGGGCCCGUAUGCGUCUGUCCCUGCAAGAACAUCUGUGGGACUUCUACCAAAAUAAUGUCAACAUCCCCGCUGAGGAGCAGGCUGUGGCGAGGAGGGCAGCGCUGGACAUCUGUGCAGAACUCCGAGUGUUCCUUCACGCCAAACUGCCUGACAUGCCGCUCAGAGAGAUGUACCUGAGUGGCAGUCUGUAUGACGACCUGCAGGUAGUGACGGCAGACCACGCGCAGCUCAUGGUGCCUCUUAUCUUGGAGAAGAACCUGUGGUCGUCCAUCCCCGGGGAGGACACCAUCAUGAAUGUCCCAGGUUUCUGGCUUAUCCGCAGGGAGAAUUUGGAGUAUUUCCCACGGAACAGCAGCUACUGGGACCGCUGCAUGGUCGGAGGCUACCUCUCCCCUAAAUCGGUCCUCGAGGUCUUCGACAAGCUUGUGGCGGGCUCUAUCAACUGGCCAGCCAUAGGAAGCGUCCUCGACUACAUCAUUCAUCCUGUGGUUCCCUCUGAGACACUGACCCUGGAGGUGCAGUACGACAUGGACCGGAAACUGUACGUAGACUUCCUACCAUUACUCGUGAUGGAAGACGGAACCUCACUGAUCGCCAAACCACAUCGACUCGCUGCAGAGCGCCACGAAAACCUGUGGCGGCAGAGCUUCCGUGUAGCUGAGACGGCACGACUGAGGGCCCUGGACCAGGAGGACGGAGGCUGCCGAUGCGCCUGCCUGAAGCUGGCGAAGGCUGUGUGCAAGCUCAACCCCGCCCUCAACCGGCUCAACGCCAGCCAGCUUACCAACAGCAUCUUAUUGCUGUGCGAAAAAGAAGGCGACUGGACACGGGAAGCGCUGGCCGACCGGUUCCUCCAGCUGCUACGAGCGCUUGUGGGACACCUAGAGGCCGGGAGGCUGUCGUGCGCCCUCAGCCCGAAAGUUAACUUAUUCUGUGAGCUGACUGAACAGGAAGUGGACGAGCUGGGGUACACACUCUACUGUGCCCUCUCUGAUCCUGAGGGGCUCCUGAGAACUGCCGUGGAACAGCCGCACCAACCCUGACAACCUCGCGAUGGGAUGUUACUACACGGCUGCGUGGCGUUGACUUGUCAACCACUGUUUAGUGGGCAAUGGUGACUUCAAGCCAUAACGAGGUUCCUGGGGAGAAAAAAAAAACUGCAUGGAAUCGUCUGAAACACUCUGUCUCUUCAGUCUUAAACGCCAUCAGUGAGAAAAUGUAAUACAAACAGUAGCAGUUAUUAAGUGUUGAGCUCUGUACGAGUCUCAACAUGAAAGCUGUAUGUGGUGGGAUCAUGCAAAUGCUAUUUUAAUCUCAGAUGAAAGUGAAGGCCAAUUGGAGUUCACGGCUCUCACUUCAGCCAUUGUAUUAAUGAAGUUGAGAGUAGACCUGCUGUUAUACAUUAGGGUGGCGGUAUUGCACUCCGCAUUGGUUGAUCCAUGUCAAAAUGGAAGGUGAAGAUGUUCUGUACGAGCUCUUUUUAAUGUGUUGGGGGAGUUUUAGGCGGUCCAAUGCAGUUAAAAGUAGUUUACUCUGUUUUGAGAUGGGUCCACACCCCUGUGUCAAGGGAUAGUGUGUGUGUGUGUGUGUGUGUAUAUGCCAACCCGACUCUAAUAAAUUGUUCAUCAGCCUAAAGAGACAAGCUAACUGUCCUUUCAUGCUCCUUUUGUCGUCACAUUAAAUACUUUUAGUGUUGAAAGCAAGGUUUUGUAAGAACUUCAUUAAUACAGUGGCUGGGUACAAGAUUUCUGAAUGCUUUCCAGGGGUCUGCAAAAACAAACAUUGGGCUGUGACUGGAAUGCGUGCAGCUCGCAUGUGUUAUCUACCUGAUUAGAAAUCAAACGAGGGAAUAUACAACUUGUAUUUGCAACUCGCACCAUUCAACUAUGAAUAUGAUGUACAGCUAAAUAUACGUCCAUAAAUGGAACAUGCUACCAUUUAUGGAAAAUGUGAUGUUUCUUAUUUGUUGGUGAUCAUGAAAAACAAAACGAUACAGCGCCACCAUUUUCUCUUACACCUAUUUUGGCGAGAACGGAAGCUAUUUCCAUGUGACUGUGUGUCUGUCUAAUACAGAGCUGCUCUUUGUUUGUUUUGAAAAGAAGAAACUUUUACGACCUCCUGAGGUUAUUUUGCACUGUCUGUCAAAAUGUUAGUGAGUUGGUCCAAAGUGUCUCAGGACAUUCUGCUUUCAUUUAAAUCCCACUUUCCUCACGCUCAUUACCUUCAGUAUUGACUUUUUUUUCAACAUUUGUUGCAUACACUAACAAAACCAAUGGCUGGACACUUCAGUUUUUCAGCCACGGUCCCUCUGCAGUUUGAGAAGUCCAUUACCCACAACACACUGCUGUAAACAUGGUACUAGCGGUUUGUCCUUAGGUGAAUUAGUCUCAGUAUUAACUUCCUGCUCUGAAGGCAGUUAGAGCAUGGUAUUUGUGUCUGUGUGCACAUUUUAAAUCCACAUUAAACCCUUAUCUUAUUGGUGCCUAGCUUAGAGUAGGUAGCCAGACCUGAAUCAGUGCAGUACACUAGGAAAUGUAAGUUCUGUACAUGACCUGUAGUGACACUCCUGUCCAGUUUACGUGUAUAUUUAUAGAUUACAGGUGCUAAUCUUUUACAUUGUGAUCUGAUCGAGAGGGAUCCACUCUCAGAUCCUCGGUUAUAUAACAGCAGCUUUGAUGGCCAAAGUUUCUGAUGCUAGAUUAGCCUGCUACAGUGCAGGUGACAGCAGGUGGAGUCAAUAGAACAAUAGCUCCCAGACUGUCAAGUGAGGCUUAUGUCUCACUCUGAAAUGACUACCCAAAACAUGUCCGACAAUAAUCACAUGGUUGCUUUUUGUUCUCACUUUUAGCCUUAGAAUGAAAAAUAAAUGCAGUAAUAUGGAGCAAUUCCCCCUCAACCCCCCCAGCCCACUGUAUAGUGUACAAUAUGGAGGGAUUUGGGUUUAUAGUUCUGUUAUGCGUUCAGUUAAUCAUCCAGAUAACGGAGAUACAGGUGAAUAUUUUUGUAUUUAUUGUACAUUUUUAACCAAAAACAAUAAAGAGCUGGAUAUUAUUUGCAUUCAAGUCAA